AUGUGUUCCCUGCAAGCCAAAGCCACUGCCGAGGCGACCACCACAAAGAGUCAUUACAGAGGAGUAAGAAAAAGAUCUGAGGGCCUAUUCUCUGCGGUGAUUAAUGACCCGUCCAAGGGACGUCGCGUAUGGCUGGGCACUUUCAGUUCUGAUAUUGAGGCGGCUCAUGCAUAUGACCGGGCCGCCAUAGCAAUAAAAGGCUGUAGGGCCAAAACCAAUUUCCCACUUUCCGGUUACCAAAUUCCUGAGUCGCUUAAAGAAGUCCAUGUUCCGUCAUCGGUUAACUCCAACAAGAUGGUCAAAGCUGCCAGUCGGCCAUGGACCCAUGCCUAUCUUAACAAAACCUUCAAUGUGGGCACUUCUUCUUCACCUUCUAUUUUGCAGGACAUGUCUCCACAGGAGCUUCGGAGGCAACAGCAAUCGGCUGCGUUUAAGAUGACAAAUCAGCCCAGAUGCAAUGAGAGUGAAGGUGAUGGAGGAGUGGGAGAAAUCCAUGAGGGCUGUAAAGUGAGCUCCAAUCCAUGCAAUAGUAGCGAUCCAUCUUCCUCCGCCGUCACAGAAUGCAGAGAUUCUCCAACAAUGGGUGUUUUGGAUUUGAACCUUCCUCCGCCGGUUGAAGAAGAUGAAUGUGAUUAUUCUCCCAAAACGCUUUGGCUGCUCAAGUGA